GAGGAAAAGAGAAAACAGGAAAGAGAGAAACGGGACCUUUUUUCCCCCUUAAAACAAGUUAAUAUUUAAAUGGACAUAAAUAGAGGCAAAGAAGGAUUAAAAAUAGGUGUUGAAUACGAAACACGAGAGUCCCUCGCCGUCUGGAAGAAAAGCCAAAGCCAAAAUCAAAGUCACGCAAAAAGAAGAAGAGAAAGAAUUAAGCAAAGAAAAAACGAAAGGCUGCCCCUCUCUUUCUCUCUUUGGACUCAUUCCUUUCAAUCGCAUCUCUCUCUCAUAUUCUUUUUAUUUUAAAAGCAUAUAGCAUAACAUCUAAGACAAUAGAGGCAAGCAAAGCAAAAGAAAACAGAGUUUUUGAAGGGAAAAAACAGAAGAAAAAAGAUAAAGUUUUAGGUAUAAACAAAGUGUUUGAUGGUGUUCUUGGCAAUAGUGGUUAUGUAGAAAAUAGUGCAGCUCGAUCACUAUAAAAAUAAAGCCAAAAGGUUGGCAAGAAAGGUGACUUUCUUUUCCUUUUCGACCUUCUUUUAGACAGUGGUGCACCGUUCGAAACUAUUUGAUAUUUUUCUCUAAAUUGAUUUUGAAGGGUCAUUGAAGAAACCACUAUAGUUUAUGGCAUCUUCUUCUAUUUCAUGAUGUUUAAGUAUAAGCCUUUAUUAAUAGCUCCUUCCCCUUCUCUCUCUUUCUCUUUUCUCUUUCUAUCCCCACCAAUUGCACCUCUUCAUUGACAUUUCCCACACCCAUAAACUUAUCUUCAUUUAUUCAUAUAAAAUUCUCAUUUUCCAAAAAUGGCUGUUCAAGCUCAAUAUCCAUCAAAUGUUCUCUUUCUAAACAGAAAUGUACAAGAAGGAAAGAGCCAAAUUGUCAAUAAUUAUUCAUUACAACCUCAACUAGGUGGAGGUUUUGGUGAAUCAUUUCUUGAUCCAACACAAAUGCUAUUCAAUCCUGGAGUUGGGGCGAAUUCACGAAAGAGAGGAAGAGAACAUACCACAAGUAAUACAACAGCAUCAAUGAAUCCAUUGAUCUCAAUGCAAUCUCAGCCGCAGCUCAUUGAUCUAACUCAGCUUCACACACCGUCGCAGCAACAACAACAACAAACAACUAUCGUAUCUACUGGUCUUCGUUUAGCUUUCGAAGAUCAAUCGCAUCAACAACAACAGCGACAACAAUACUCUGUUUCUCCUCAAUUCUCUCAAUCAUCAAUUUUGUUAAAAGAAGGCUUGGCUUCUCAUUUCAAACAGCAACAAGACGAAAUUGAACAUUUCCUGCUAGUCCAGGGAGAACAGUUGAGGCGUACGUUAGAGGAGAAAAGGAAACGGCACUAUCAUGCGCUGUUGGGAGCAACGGAGGAAACAAUAGCACGAAGGUUAAGAGAAAAGGAUACAGAAGUAGAGAAAGCAGCGAGACGCAAUGCGGAGCUAGAAGCGCGUGCUGUACAACUGACAGCGGAGGCGCGUGCGUGGCAAACGAAGACACGUGAGCUGGAAGUCACGGCGGUAACGCUGCAAGCGCAGCUACAGCAGGUGGCAAUGAUGAACGGCGGAAUGAACCUGCCGGAGAGAGAUGACGGCGGCGGAAUUUCCUGCGGCGGCGAGGCGGAAGAUGCCGAGUCAGCUUAUGUUGACCCGGACCGGGUCGUUGAGUCAACUGGACCGAGUUGUAAAGCCUGUCGAAAGCGGUUCGCCUCAGUUGUGCUGUUGCCGUGUAGGCAUUUGUGUCUUUGUACAAAAUGUGAUGCUGUGGCCCAAUCUUGCCCAUUGUGUCGAUCAAUUAGAAGCUCAAGUGUUGAAGUCUUUCUCUGUUAGCCCAAUAUUAGGCCCAGGCCCACCUUAUUUCUGGCACAAAUAUGUGCAAUUCUAACAUAUCUCAUGACGGUGGAGUAAAAUAAAAUAAGAAAAGGAAAAAAGAGGAAGCAAAGAACACUAUUCUUUAAGUUUAGCGAUGCAAGGUUUAAAAUUCAGCGAAUUAUUUGCUCUUCUAUACUUCUUCACUUAAAUACGAAUAUUUUUUGUUGGGGCAGA